AUGCCAAUUGAGGAGAACUGGUAUUCUACGAAUCAACCCUUUUUAUUGGACUUAGAGGUAGAUUUUUCGAAAUACAAUGAUCUCAUUUUUGGAUUAGAGGCACAUAACAACUCAACAACGCUAGAUUUACCAGGAUGCUCAGGGAAUACUGCAGUGUCAGAGAUUAGUAAUGGACAUGUUGUGACUCCCUUGGACGACCAGCAAGCGGAGGAGAUUAAUAAUGAUGCAGCCAUUUUUGACUCAGAUGAUUCCAUUAAUGAUAAAGAUUACACACCUUCAGGUGAUGAUUCUAGUUCACCAGAAAACACAAGCUCUGAAAUCGAAGUGAACCCUAAUAAUGAUGUAGAAAAACGGAUUAUCGCUGAAGCUCAAGAUGAAAAGAAAAAACCACGUAAAAUAAUCGCUAGGCCCGAAACUUGGAAAAGGAACGUGAAAAAAAUGAGGGUAAAUUCAGGUUUGCCCUAUGUGUCUGAAGGUAAUAGGGAGAUUCCUGGAAAACGUUUAAAACCUCCUUGUACAACAAAAUGCAGGUCAGCGUGUACUACUAAAUUUACCGAUGCUGAUAGACUAACUAUUCACACUUGUUUUUGGAAACAAGGAGAUAAUGCUCUUCAAAGACAAUUUGUAAGUAGUCACAUGGAAACUCUAAAAGUAAAAUACCGUCGAGCCAUUGAGGGAAGUAAUCGCAGUGAAAAUUUGUGUUAUUACUUGACGCUGCGAGGAAUUAAAAUACAAGUGUGUAAAACAUUUUUCAUGAACACCCUGGACAUUGGUGAUAAGUUUAUAAGGACAACAUGGAAAAAAUCGAAUGGUAAUGCUCUGAUAGAAAGAGAUCGAAGAGGAAACUUCAAUAAGAGGGAAACAAUCAAUACUUCGAUUAAAGAAAAAAUUGUUGCUCACAUCAACUCUUUUGAACGAAUAGAAUCUCAUUAUCUCAGAGCACAGACGACACGUGAGUACAUAGACGGAUCUUUAACGAUAGCGCAAAUGUAUCGAUACUAUAAAUCCGAGCAAGAGGCUGAAGGGUUGCCAGUUGCCAAAAAAUGUACCUAUGAACACAUUUUUAAAACCCAAUUUAACAUAUCAUUUUUCCAACCUAAAAAGGACCAAUGUGCAAUUUGCGAAACCUUUAAAAAUUCUGAUACAGACGAAAGAUUGUCGCUUCAGAAAGGAUACGAACGGCACAUUAACAACAAAAUCAAGAGUAGAGAAGAAAAGGCUCGAGACGUCGAGAAAGGAAAACAAGAUUCUUCCUUUAAAAUAGCCUGUUUUGACUUACAAGCGGUUUUACCGACGCCUUGUGGAGAUGUUUCCACAUUUUAUUACAAAUGCCGUUUAAAUUGUUUGAACUUCACAGUUUUUGAAAUACCAUCGAAAAGAGGGUUUUGUUACUUUUGGCAUGAGGCGAUUGCUAAUAGAGGUGCUAAUGAAAUAGCAACUUGUAUAUUACAUUAUUUAAAAACGGAGUGCAAAGGAAAAGAUGUCAUCUUCUAUUCCGACAACUGCGUAGGGCAAAAUAAGAACAAAAUGAUUGUUUCUAUGUAUCUCUGCGCAGUUAACAAAUUUGAUGUCAAAAGCAUUACACAUAAAUUCCUUACGGUAGGCCAUACCCAAAAUGAAGGAGACUCAAUGCACGCCAGUAUUGAGCGCCAGAAGCGUAGAGUACUAAGAAGUGGCCCUAUUUAUGUACCGUCACAAUGGGCUCCAAUUAUCAGAGCGGCCAAGAAAGAAGGUACACCCUACAUCGUGAAUGAACUUGCCACAGAAGAUUUUCUGGAUUUUAAAAAAUUUAGCGACACAAUUGGGAAAAAUUUUUCAAUUAAUUCCAAACAAGAAAAGGUUGUGUGGAAUGAGAUUCAAGUUCUACGCGUAGAAAAAAAUUAUCCAACGUCGUUUUUUUAUAAAACUGACUUUGACUUCCUUGAAUAUGAACAAAUUAACAUCCAGGAAAAACUAAGGCGUUGCAUUGACAUUAGCGCAUGUUAUCCCGAAAAGGCCUUUGUAAAAGCCCCAUCGAUAUCUCAAAAAACUAAAGAACAUCUUGCUUAUUUAUGUGCAAAAAAUGCUAUUAAAAAAGUGUACCAUGGGUUCUAUAAUAACAUAAUUGGUGAAAAGUAAUCGUUUAACUUUUUUAGAGUAUAAUGAACGUGCUUUUAUAUACUUUUAUAUAUUUUUUACUUUUGAAUAAAAAAAAUAUUUCAGUUAGUAAUUUACUGCAAUAACGCCACAACUACUAGAAAACUAUUUGGUUUUAUGCACGGGUGGUUCAAAAGUGGUGGACGCAAUAUGGCCACAACUAACAAAAUUAUACUUUUAAUUAAUCCAUUGAUAAUGGUAUAAAUUAAAAUCAAAGUAUCACAUUAAAUAAUCAAUGUAUGACAAGGCGCACAAAAAUCGAUAGUAAUAUGCAAUUGUUAUGGUUGGAUAUCUAAACAGCACUAACUUUAUUUGCACGUACUCUAACAUUGUUGUGUUGGCACUUGCGGCACUAUUGAACUAGA